AGCAGCUGCCGGGAAAGACCUGUGCGUUGUGUCGAUACCUCACUUUCGAGGAGGAUCGUUGAAAGUUACGAGUAAAGUUGAUGAAGUGCUUAGUGAAAGCUCCGGGAUUUAGGAGUGUUAAUAUUAGGAUAUUCAGUGUAAAGGAAAGAUUAGGGAAGUACAAAGAGUCAAGGAAAAAUAAGCAGAGAAUUUAGGGGCAAGAAGAUUAAGACGCGACAAUUAAGAACUAAAUUGAAAGUAUAUAUGUGAACAUUAGUUUAAUUUGAUAUGUGGAUUGAUGAAUAAAAAAACUGUGAAAGUAACAUCCGCGAAAUCAAUUCGAAGGAUUAAAUUAAUAAUGGCGUAAUAAAAAAUUUCGUUAAUUUGAUCUUGUUGUGACUGUGCUGUACUCUCAUUCAGGGAAUUUGAUCGUAUGCUAGAUUUAAGGAGGAAAUGGAAUAAUAACUCGUUCGGGUAUAAAAAAAAAGGGUACAGUUAAUAAAUGAUAAAAAAAAUGUGGAAGAAAUAUCUGUUUGGGGUUACGUUAUCGUCGCAAAUAAAGUACGUUUUAUUGUGAAGCACCGGAAGUCACGGGGAGCAGCAAAUAACAUCGUCGAGUAAUCAAGGCAGCAGCGGUUGAAUAAAUUGGAUCGUGGAUAUUACAAGAACCGUCAAGAGAGAGAGAAAGAGAACGCGCAAGGAAACUCGCCAUUAAGCGAUAGCGAGGAAAAAGUUCUCCGCGAAGAAAAAGGGAGGCGAUAAAUUUGCGAGGAACAUUGUACAUUAACUUCCAUUUCGGAAACAGUGCGGGAAAAUUUAAAAGUGCCGACGUAUUCCAGAUAAAUUGUCCGCAGUUUCACCUGGAAAAUCGAAGAAAAUGAUCGACAUUGUUCCACAAUCUUCUUGCUGAAGCGAACACGCUGAAAAUUUACGUUCGUCAGCACGAGCGAACUUUUUCGCGGAAUAAAACCCGGUGAAAGAGGAAAGUUAGUCCGCAGUCGAGUUCAGACGCGUUUUCUUUCCAUGUGCAACUACAUGAAAAAUAGACGAGUUUUUGCUGCGUGGAACAAUAAGCAUUUUUGCGUAAAAGUGACAAGAUGACGAUAGUCGUUGGGAAGAAAAAAAAACCCUAUGUGAUUUUCGUGAGUAAAACAAAAGGUGGUGAAACGCGGCAGUUCGUCGCGAAGAAUGCUAAUUAACCCAAUUCUGAAGUGGCGUUAACGAAAUAGCAUAUGUUUUAAUUCACUGUAUUAUCGCCUCGUUGUUUUCUUUAAUUAAAGUGUGCUCAUUGUCUCUUGUGCGUCAAUUACAGAAAAAGACGAAUGACACCAUAAAUAUAAAUUAGCAUAUCUAAACGAGAGAAGUUUCCCAGUUCACGUUCGAGAAAUGAGCAAAACUAGUUUGAAGCAAGCAAUAGCGUUGUAAGACAGAUUAACGAGCUUUGUAAUCUUAUAAAAUGCUCGCACAACGGCGAGGCGGUAGCAAAUCUGUCAUCACCGAGUCUCUUUCUCGUACAAAGCGAAGAAUUUGCUGACGUGCGACGAAAGGACUUUUCACUCGAGCAAGAAAUCGUGCCUUGGGUGGUCCACAAAUCUCGACCGUCAUCUGUACAGCUUUCUCGCGAUCAGCGUGGCAUUUUUCCCGGGAUCAGCUCGAGACACUCACAGUUCGAAGCUUAGAUUGCGGCUGACGAUUAUAAUAAUCGACGAUGGCUGUGGGCGAGAGAAAAUCGAAGAGCGCGUGUUAUCUGGAGCGACACGCGUCGAGCUGAAAAGACCUUAUCGCAAUUGGAAGAGCCGCCGAGGGUGAGAGAACGAGGAGAUUCGAGGUGCAUUUGCGAAAGUAUUCGUCAGAGAUGGUCAGCCAACACGCGAUGGCCACCACCGUCCGCAAAGUCAAGCAGGAGAAUCGUCUCAGGCGGCAGAAUCAGUGCCAAGAUGAAGAAGGACCUUACAAGCCAGUACCACCACCGAAGCCGGUGCCGAAUAAUCAGAAGAGCCAGGACGGUCAGCAGGACGAGCAGACGGUAGCUGAGCGUUCGUCAUUGCGAACAACUUCCGGCUCGGAAAGGACCGGCAUCACAGAAGACGGGCAGGUUCGAAGUGCAGCCGGGCAGCCCUUCGCACCGGAAUACAGGAUGCCACCCUUGUACGGGGACGAACAGAGUCAGGCUCAACAGGCGGCCAGUUUGCAAACUCACAGUAGCAAGUUUCCGAUAGAACGCGAGUUGGUCCUAUCGUCGGGAGACAAAAACUCCAAGAUCCCCAUUCUUCACGAGUACAAACAGAGAACCGCCGGAAGAGUAGCCAUCGCGCCGGAUGCGCCGAUCAAGCAGCAGGCCUGGGUUCAGGAGGGAGCUCAGAUGCAGGAAGUAAGACAGGACGGUCAAGCAAGGAACUAUCAGUCACAAGACGCUUACUCAUCGACGUCCGGCGGAACAGUGUCGAGGACGACAAAAAUCGACGAAGAGAAGACAAAGUCGCUCUCCAGGACUUACCAUACCAUUAAAGACAUGAUCUCGAGUCGUUUCGGACCGAGUCGCAAGGAUGUCGAGCCGGAACCGGAAGCCAGUCUGAACAACGUCACAGACGAGCUGCGGAAGUCGAGCAGAAGCAUCGACGACGACGAAGCAAGGAAAAAGGAAGGAAUUUACGGGAAGCCUCGCGCGCAGGAGCCAUCGGUUAACGUGCAGCAAUAUUCGAAGAAUGCUUACGGACAAUACGGUCACUCGUACAGCUACCAAAGCAACCAGCAAAACGUACCUCUGCCAGGUCAACUGCAGCCGACCACAGCCAUUCAGCCGAAUUUACCAGGACAGAGCGCUCAACUUCACGUGACCCACCACACUCCGCCAGGAGGAGUACAAACGGUUCAUCAAACCCAAGUUCCUGCUUUCGGCCAAGGCACGACAGGUGCACAGCAGGUGCAGAAUGUUACGAGGGAGUACAUGGUUCAGACACCAGUCGGUAUGACCAGCCAGCAAAUACAUCAGAGCAUUCAUCAGAACGCCGCGCAAGGACAGGGGCAAGGCGCACAAGUGCAAAAACCACACGGUCUAUCCGUGCAGCAGCAUCAAGUGGGCAACGCGAUGCCGACGAGUCAGAGCUUCCAGAGCCCGCAGCAAUUGCUUCACCAGAAUCAGAAUCACCACCAGAGUCCGCGAUUCGCGCAGCAGCACGCCCAGAAUAUGCAUCAGCGCCAGUUAAUUCAACAAAUGCAUCAGCAAAUAACCGGCCAGCCGAGCUCGCAAGCUGCGAGCGCGCGAAACAUGCAGCAAUCAUAUUUCGCCAAUAGUGUCUCUUAUCAGCAGUACCAGCAGGCCAGACAGGCCAUGUCGAGAUCGCAGAUUGAUCUGCCGAGCACAUCCAGGCAGGCGCAAGAGCUCCGAGUAUCAGGUCAAGAGGUCUAUUAUCAUUACGCUCAAGGAAGACCUCGAUACGGCGUUCCCCAGGUAUACAUGAAGACCGAGAGCAAUCAAGAAACGGAGUUCCAGAGGCGGAAUUCUACGAAGGGCAUCGAAAAGGCGGCCUCGCAACCGCAGCUCUGCUACGAGGAUGAGCGGAACGCGGAAGCCUCGAAGAAUCCCGCGGAGAAUAUGAAGAACCUUACAGUGGAUCCGUUGGAUAAAGAAAGAUAUGAAAUCACAGUGGAGGAUCGAAAUCAGAGUGAGCUUGGAAAAAAUGGGUCGCAAAGGAACGAGGAGUAUCGUCCGGAAACCAGCUUUGGCAUUCGGAGGGAUGAGACGAGGGCGUCGAAAAAAGAACAGGAACAAGGAUCGGGUCAAGAAGGAGGUCAUGACUCGACGGAGGGAAACUCCGUACAGAAGAGGAUCGAAGAGCUACAGAAAAGAGCUGAACAGGAGGGUCAUUUUAAUACCAAACCCCUUAAGGACGACACGGACGGCUUGAGGGUCGGUCUUGCUACGAAAAUGAUCGGCGAGGCCUCGAAGAGGCUCGAGGCGGCACAAUAUAGUGGGAAAGAAACCGCUGCAAAAUCAGAUAGCAGGAAAGAUGAUCUGGAGCAAGGUAUCAGCCGACUGAAGAUUCAGAAUCAAGGCUCAGGCUCGGAUUACGACAAAGCCGGCCAGAGUUCUUCAAAUGUCGAUUCCGGCAGAGGCUCCGCUGUUUACUCAAGCGGAAGACGUCCGCCACCCGAUGAUCAAACUUUGGCGCAAGUGCAAGACUCCGAAUGGGUCGACAUAGUGGAGUCAGAGUUGAGAAGUAUUUUGGAGCCCAGGGACGUUCCAGCAAUGGCACACUCCACCCUGUCCGAAAGUGUGUCCUCGGUGACACCACCUCUACCGCCUCUGUCACCCCAUGACAGCCCACGUACACCGAGAAAUCGAUACUCAACGAGUUUACCAUAUGGAUCGAAACCAAAUUACAGCGAUUAUAGCAAAGCUAUGGAAAAAAGAGGUUUCUCAAACAAUACAAAGCAUCGUAGUGCUUCAACAUCCAAGAAGGAAACUGCGAAAAAAUUUUCGCAUCUUUUCGGAGUAGAAGCCGCUGAUUUAACGUCCACCACGACGGGACUUGAUUUGGAUUCUAUGCUGGACAGAAGCGAUUCUGAUCUCAGUACCGCUGAUGCAAGAACAAUUAGGAAACAAUUGGAAGGAUUAGAAAAUAUGUACAGUGAAGUACUUAAAUUACUUGGCGGAAGCGUAAAAAAGAGACGAAAGGCGAGAGGACUCACUAGUUACGGUUCGGUUUCGUCGUUGCCGACAUCCUCAGUAUCAUCGAGACCCGUCACUAGGCAUCACGACAAACGUCGAUCUCACGUCAUUGAUGACAGAAUGAAGAAAGCCAAAGACAUCAAGAGCAUCAAUAAGCGUUUCCAGCGACUGGAAUCGCACGUAGUGACUCUAGCAAGAUCGGUAGCUCAUCUGAGUUCGGAAAUGAGAACUCAGCAUCUAAUGAUACAGGAAAUGGAGAGCAUAAAGUGCGAGAUUGCGGCUCUCAGAACGCAAACGAGCAUGGCGAUGGUGAGGUCGCAGUCGCAGCCCCUGAUCAAGGAUUCGGAACUGCCGGCGCUCUCGAAUCCGUCGAGAGUGAAGAAACUGACCAAGUUCUUCGGCACGGAACCACCUCUCAUCAGGCUCUUCCUGAGGGAACUUGGGUAUGAGAAAUAUGCGGCCGCUUUCGAAAAGGAGAAAGUCGGAAUGGUGGAGCUGCCUUAUUUGAGCGAGGAGAGGCUACAGAAGAUGGGUGUUCCUUUGGGCCCGAGAUUGAGAAUCCUCCAAGAGGCGAGGAUCUCGGUAUGCAAGGAUCCGAUUUACGUGGUAUGAACCCUCCGCGCGGUGUAAACGCUUCAAGACAGGAACAGAAGGAAAUCGGAAUUAAAAAAAUCCAUGUAAAAGAGAAUAAAGAACGAAGAUCUCGCGCGGAAUUCAUUUUCCGCUGUCGACAGAUGAACGUGUUAAGACGCUGCUUAAAGAAACCCUUGAGCACAAAAACGCGUUACCAUCCGUUUGAGCGACGGCUCUUUUUCUCAUUUGUACAAUCAAUGGUCGUCUGAAAACUACGCUCGUUGAAACGUGCAAUUAUUUUACAAUGGCUUUGAGUCGUCGACAGAUUCGUUCUGCCUUGGGUUAGUCAGUGCAGAUUAAUCCUGAAUAAAAGAGAUUAAUUCACCAAUGUAGACAGUUCAUAAAAUGACAAUUUAAUCGAUAGAAGACGCCUUUGUCUAAAGUAAGUUAAACUUUUUAUAAAUUAAUUUCUCGAAUAUCAAUUUUUGCAUUUAAGUAAACAUGGGAUAUAAAAAAGGUUGCAAUAUGAAAAAUUAAAUUAAUUAAGAUAUCUAAAAAGCAAUUUUUAAAUAAUAUAUUUUUGCUAUUAUGUCGUAAAUAGCAUUUACAAGUUUUUAUAGUGUAUUCAGUUUUUGCACAGAGCAUUUCGAAUUUUUGAAAAUGUAAUAAACGUCGGGUGUUGAUCUUUUUAAUUUAUUUCCAAUGAUACAUGUUUGUUUGACGCAAAUAUCAUCGUAAUCAUUCCUGGAAUAUUUUGCACUUUUUCAUCAUCGCAAACUGAUAAUGUACUUCUACGAAUAUUGCUAAGCAAUUUGUUUGCAACAAAUGCUUAGCAAAAGUAAUAGCUUGGGAUUGAAAAGAAAUUUAUCGUGCAUUAUGAAUCUUUUAAUUGGAAAAAAUAAUCAUGGAAGCAACAAAAAAAAAUAAAAGCUUAAAGAGCUUUUAAGUGAGAUACUGAAAAAAUAUUUUAACGAUUUACGAGGGCUAAUCAAAAUGUAAAUACAAUAUUACCAAAACUAUCGAUACUCUCGAUAGUUACAGGAGAUCUAUUCUUCGAUUAUAUUUAUGCAAGAAAAAAAUGACUAGAGAUACAAAGAUAACUUAAUCAACGAUGCCCUUGAUUGCCCCGCUCUUGCAUGUCAAUCGUUAAAUAUAAUAAGAUUAUUACAUAAACUUAAAUUAUACGUCCGGACUGAACGCUGAAUGAUGUUCUAUCAUGGACGAUAAUUUGUGGCGCUGAUAUAAUCAGCGAUUAAACUCGAAAAGAACCGCGCACAUGGGAACAACAAAUCGCAAAGGUAUGCUUGCCAAAGAGACGUACAGACGUUGUCGAAGUGAUGUGGCCGAGAUUUUCUGUUACAAAAAUCUAGAUUCUUGUACUACCGAUAACACUGGGUGUCGCAGAAUUAAUGGAAAGCGGAUAUAUACAUGCGUUGUGUGUUAUUAAAAUUUAAAUUAAAUUAAUUUUUUCCUAAGAUUAAAGUUAUCGGAAAAGUUCCAUUUGUAAAAAAAAUAGAAUAACAAACCGAAAAAAAAAGAAAAUUGAAAUUGAAUGAAAUUUUUAUUCCUGAGUCUGUUACUGCGUUGUUAAAAACGUUUGUAUCUAUCGAUUUCCGGAAUGUCUCAUUCGUUACAUUUUAAUAUAAUUUGGUUUUUCUGAAAUAGACGUAGACCAUUUACACAGAACAAUUCAAUAUAUCUAAUUACAUAACUAACACAGCAAUGCUUUUUCCAGUACAUUUCCUGUUUGCUUUAUAUUUUCAUUAUUCUAAAUUUCGGUCGCAUGGCAACAUGCGCCGUGUAAUGUCGAUACCAAAGAAUCGAUACCUGUUCCCUUGUCGCGAUGAUAACGACAAUGACAAUCGCUGCUUGUGAUCGCGAGUCACAUGAACCAGAAGACAUGUCACUUAAUACUCAAGUAAUAGCAUUUUGUACUUUUACUCGAAGAUACGUAGACUGUAGAAGUAAAAUUAUUAAUUAAUAAUAUUAAUGUACUUUUCAUAAAUCAAAUUAUGUGCAUUAUACUUGUAGCAAUUAGUUCUAAUUAAUACAUUAAGAGUGGUAUGCAAAUUAAGUUUUCUAGCUGGUGCUACGUGUCGCUAUCUCAAUUUCCAUUUUGUUUUCUAUCAAUAUUAAGUAUUGUACAGUUAA